AUACGAUAAAAUACGUAUUCCUAUAUCGACUUAUAGUAACAAGAAAUGCUAGAUUUAAGGUAGUGAAUAAAGUGGUAAAUAAAACAUGGAGAAAAAGGAUGACGAGAAAAAGGAUGAAGAUCCACGGUUGGAAUAUAUGUUUAAUUAUCUUACGCAUUCGAGGAAAUUAAAAAUAGAGAGAUGGACGAAAAUGUUGGCACAUGCAGAAUACAAGGAUUUAAUUAUAAAGUUCUUAACCACCCCGUCAGAGAUGGUGCUAGUGUUGCAAUUAACACCCGCCAAUGUGUUGAUACCUCUACUCGAAAUAACGCAAGCAAAGAGAAAGCAGUCGUACUUCUUGAAGAGGAAACCCCAAGUGAUCACGGAGGAUAAUUACAAGCAAAUGUUGAUACCGGGUGACAUGGCACCGAAUCCGAUCGAGGAAUUAGCCGUGCUCGUCGAACAGGCAUACGUACCUAUAUUAUCUAAUCCGAAAAAUCACGUUGGCUGGCCGGAGGUUGUUCGUAAAGAUGUCAAGAAGCAAGUAUACAAUCUUCGAACUUUAAUAUGGCAGGUAAGAGGAAAAAUAACGGGAAAAACUCUAUUACCUAUGCCGAUGGAUAUCGAGGAAAUUCUAGAUCCAAAAUUUUAUACCGAUGUAGACAUAUCUAAACAACUUAAGGUAAAGAGUAAUAUAGAAGAAAUUGUGGUAAAAUGGGCGACUCAGAUUAAUGAGAUUCUCAACGAAGAAUUUAAAUUCUCGAAAAAUGGAAAAUUUCUUGUAUCCGAACUGGAUUAUUGGAGCAUGAGGUUAAAGAACAUGGAAUCCAUCUAUUUUCAACUGAAAGAUCCAAAGGUGAAGGAGAUAGAUUUAGUUUUAGAGAAAACGCAAAGUCCUUACUCGCAAUAUUUCAAAAAUUUGGUAAACAACGUCACUGCUGCAUUAUUAGAAACUAGGGACAUCAAUCUUUAUUUAAAGCCUCUAGAGACUUAUUUCCAAGAAAUCGAAACGCUUGAAUUUAAAGAAAUAUUGCCAAAAAUAAAAAUAUUGCUGCACUGCGUUUGCUUAAUGUGGGCUAAUUCGAGAUUCUACACUCUCGAAAGAAUUAUUGCUCUGUUACGAGAAAUUUCAAAUUUGAUCAUUUCUCAGGCAAUAAAAUAUAUAAAUCCAUCAACUUUAUUCGAAGGAGAUAUUGAUGAUAAUAAAGUAAAGAUUGCUGAAGUAUUACCAUAUCUUACUAGUUAUCAAGAACUAUUUCGAUCGUAUAAAGAACGGAUAGACAUGUAUUUCAGAUCGUCGGAGACUGUACCUUGGAAUUUUCACGAGAAAUUGGUCCUCGAAAGAAUUCACAUGUUUGAGAAAAGACUUAAAGAAAUCGAGUCAUUAUUUGACACAGUGCAAGAUUAUUUGAAACUAGAGAGGAUAGAAAUUGCUGGUUUGAAAGGAAAAUCCUUGCUUACUAUGGUUGAAAACAUUUAUGAAGAAUUUCUCAAGUUGUAUCAACAUUUUGCAGAAUUGCCUUAUGAGGUUUUAACGCCUGAGGAAGAAGAAUUUUCUCAAGAUUUGCAGAAAUUUUUCAAAGAAAUAGAGCAAUAUGAUCGAAAAUUGGCGAGCAUUUUCGAUCAGGCGUUUGCCGAAUGUCACAAUUUGGAGGCGUAUUACAAAUUUAUAUGGAUAAUGGGUACAAUUGCCAAUAGACCUUUAAUAAUGGCCCAACUAUGGCACAAUUAUGAAACAAUUAUUGUCAGAAUGAAUUCACAUUUUGACAAAAUAAAAAUUUUAUUCGACCAAAAUUUCACGUUCCCUGAUGAAAAGAGGCAAACUGGAAUAAAUAUACAUUUGCCUCCGGUAGUUGCAUCUUUGUGUUUAUUAGUGAAACUUCGUCACAGAACUCGUUAUCCAGUUGAUUGUUGCAAAUUUAUCGAUCAUCCUUUGAUUACCGAGAAAAUGGAGAGCGAACUUAGAAGUAAAUACGAGGAAUUAAUGAAUAUCAUCGAUGAGAAGGAAAGAGAAAUAUUCACCGCUUGGCAAGAACGAUUACCAGAAAUUUGGGAAACGCAUUUGUUGAAAACCCUUUUAAAAGUUGGAGACGAUAGAUUAUUACAAUCAAAUUUUGCCCAUGAAUUGAAAACUACUUUGAGGGAAAUACGUUAUAUGACAAUUAUAAAGAAACCUGAUAUUCCUGAAGAUGCCAUACAAUUUUAUGACAGAUCACAAUUCUUUUUCGAUAGUACUUACAAGUUGAAUUUAAUAAUAAAUUGGUAUAAUAGAAUACGAACUGAAAGCAUUCCGAUAGAAUUUCAAUUGGUAAAAGACGAAGUUAUGAACGUUGAUAAUAUAAUUGAUGAUGGCCAAGAGAAAUAUAAUUGGAAUUCGGAAGGAGUUAUGGAAUACAUCGAUAAUUUGUUAAAAAUUAUUUGGAAAUUACACAGCAGAGUGUUCCGUGCCCAAAAUAAUUUAAAAAAUAUUAUGAAUAACAUGUACGGCUGGGCGAUGAUACCUGUUAUUUAUCGUAAAGAUGCCAGGGAUGAAAAUUUAUUGUCUCUAAUUGAUAAAGAUGAUAAAUUCGCGGAAAGAUUUGCGGAAAUCGAAUCAAUGGCCGAACAAUUGGAGCAAAUAUUGAAAGAGAAUUAUAAAUUAUUUUUCGACUUGCUUCCAGAGCAAUUCUAUGAUAGAGAAGACUUGGAAUUAUUAGAGACUGUACAAGAGAAAGAGGAAACAGAAUUAGAGAAAGCAAUACCUGAAGAAGCUAUAGAACUUGAGCCUCCAAAGCCGGAAGAGGAAAUACCUGAAGAGAUAUUAAUAGAAGCAGAGGAAGAGCAAGUGGAAGAAGAAGAGGAGGUUGAUGAGGAAACGUUGGCAAUGAGACGUGAAAAAUGGCAACCUUAUCUAUCUUAUGUUGACAAUUUAAUAUCCAAAGGUCUUAUUCAAGCUGUCUCCACUAGUAUUUGUUACAUUCUUGAUGAAACUGAUCCUGAAGGCGAUAUAUAUCCUUCAUUCGAAAUCCAAAUGUGUUUAGAGAAUCCUAAUAUCACUUUCCGACCAUCGGUGGAAUUAGACGAUCCGGAAGGUUUCUACAUUUUUUUCGAAUCACUUUUACUUGACAUGAUGAAAAUGGGUAUCCUUAUACCACGUGUCGAUCCCGAAUUGCGCGAGAAGCAAGAGAAUUACGCGGUGGACGUUGCCGAAGAAAAAGGUAUCGUAUUUAUGCUAGAAGAAACUUGUAAUCGAGUUAAACUAGCCUUGACAGAAGUAAAAAAGCAUGCUCUGACGUACGAACACUAUUCCUGGUUGUGGACAGACGAUAAGCAAGAAUAUUUGUCUUACUUUUUGAAAUUCGCUCAAUACGUGAACCCCGACCAAAGGGAGAUGAUCGAACAACAUCCGGAAUAUCUUCCAGAAAAUUUGAAGGAGAAGAAACCUGAUUUGAAAGACUUCAAACGGGAAAUCGAUUAUUUCAUAGAUUUGUACAACGAGUGUGAUAAAAUGCAAAAUGAGGAGAUCCUUUGUCAAUGGUUGAGACUCGACAUAAAGCCUUUCAAACAAUCUCUUUUAAAUAUCAUUUGCAAGUGGUCCAACGUGCUCAAGGAUUAUCUGGUCAAGCGUAUUACCACUCAAUUGGAGGAAUUAGCGAAAUUUUUGAAAGCGGCAAUGGAAAAUUUCUCACGUCCUAUUCAGGAAGACGAUUACGAUGCGCUUCUGGAAACCAUAUAUUAUCUAAAAGAAGUGAGAGAUCGCCAGUAUGAGAUCGAAGAUAUGUUCGAUCCUAUUAAGAAAACUAUAGAACUUUUGCAAAGUUAUAAUGUGAUUAUAGAGGAUAAAAUUUUCAAUUGGCUCACAGAGUUACCCGUCAGUUGGGAAACAUUGAAAAAAGUAGCCGCCCAAGUGAAACAUGUGGUACAACCAUUGAUGACUCGACAGAUCGAACUUUUGAAGAAGAGAAUCAGUUAUUAUGAUUUCAAGCAGCAACAUUUCCUGGAAGAAUUCCAUAAAGAAGAUAUUUUCAAUCCAGUGUGCAAAAAUCCCUACGAGAAGUUAAACGAAUCACGCGAACAAAUUUUGAAAUUCCUGUCUGAGGAGGCAGAGUUACACGGCCAGAUUGCAAUUUUUGAGCAAGAAAUGCCUGAAUUUAAAGUAACGAAACAGAUACAAAAAGAGAUGCAACUUUUGAAAAUGGUUUGGGAUUAUGUGAACGUGAUCGAGACGUCUCUAAACGAAUGGAAGAAAACCAUGUGGAAAAAAUUGGAUAUAGAAUGGAUGGAUCAAGAAUGUAAAAAAAUCCUUAGAGAAUUAAGACAAUUGGACAAAGAUGUUCGUCCUUGGGAAUUGUAUAACAACAUAGAAGCAGAAGUGCGAAAUAUGAUGGCAUCGUUGAGAGCGGUCUCAGAAUUGCAGAAUCCAGCGAUUAGAGAUAGACACUGGAGAGAAUUAAUGGCUGAAACGAAGGUGGUAUUUAUAAUGACCGACACUACCACGUUGGAAGAUUUAUUAAAAUUGCAAUUGCACAAAUACGAAGAAGAAGUUAAAAAUAUCGUGGCUAAAUCGGUGAAGGAAAUGGCGAUGGAAAAAGUGUUGAAAGAAUUGCACGAUACAUGGAGCAUUCUCGAAUUUGACAAAGAGCUGCACGACCGUACGAAAUUAUACAUUCUUAAAAUCGACGAGCAAACUAUCGAAAUUCUUGAAGAGAAUCAGGUGCAACUACAAAAUAUGUUAGGCUCCAAAUUCGUUGGAUAUUUCCUGGAGGAAAUUCUCGAUUGGCAAAAAAAAUUAAGCACCGCAGAUGCGGUGAUCAAUGCAUGGUUCGAAGUUCAACGGGCAUGGGUACAUCUUGAGAGUAUCUUCAUCGGUUCUGAAGAUAUUAGAAGCCAACUUCCGGAAGAAUCGAAACGAUUCGAAAAAAUUGACAAAGAAUUUAAAGAAUUACUGAAGGAAAUGAUAAGCAAUUUAAAUAUCAUAAAAGCAACGAGUCGACCGAAACUUUUUGAAAAAUUGGAGGAUUUAGAAUAUCAAUUAAAUCUUUGUGAAAAAGCUUUAGCAGAUUAUUUGGAAACAAAAAGAUUAAUUUAUCCAAGAUUUUAUUUCAUUUCCUCGGCAGAUCUACUCGAUAUUUUAAGCAAUGGAAACAUACCUGAAUUAGUCUGCAGACAUUUGUCAAAACUGUACGAUUCUAUUGCAAGAUUAAUGUGGAAAAUGGAACACGAUAAACCAACGAAACAAGCGAUAGUCAUGAUCGCCAAAGAUGGUGAACACAUGGCCAUUUAUGGGAAUUGCGAUUGCAGUGGAAAGGUGGAGAUUUGGUUGAACAAUGUGACAGAUGCGAUGAAAAGAUCCGUGAGGUUUCAUAUAUCUCAGGCGGUGUUCACUUACGACGAGAAACCACGAGAGCAAUGGAUUUUCGAUCAUCAAGCGCAACCCGCAUUAUGCGGUAGUCAAAUUUGGUGGACGACGGAGGUUAAUAUGGCUUUCGCGAGAUUGGAAGAAGGUUUCGAAAACGCGUUCAAAGAUUAUCAGAGAAAACAGAUUAAUCAAUUGAACGCAUUGAUAACGAUACUUUGCGGGGAUUUGAUCGAAAGCGAUCGAAGAAAGAUUAUGACGAUUUGCACGAUUGACGUACACGCGAGAGAUGUCGUGGGGAAAAUGAUCACGAUGAAGGCAGAAAGCUCUUCCAGUUUCCAGUGGCAAUCCCAGCUAAGACACAGAUGGGACGACAAAGUUGGCGAUUGUUUUGCCGAUAUUUGCGAUGCUUCGUUCAAAUACGAUUACGAAUAUUUGGGCAAUGUUCCACGAUUGGUGAUAACACCGUUGACAGACAGAUGUUACAUCACUUUAACGCAAUCCUUGCAUCUCAUAAUGGGUGGAGCACCAGCUGGCCCGGCUGGAACCGGGAAAACGGAAACCACGAAAGAUUUGGGAAGAGCUUUGGGUCAAAUGGUCUACGUGUUUAAUUGUUCCGAGCAAAUGGAUUACAAGUCCUGUGGAAAUAUUUAUAAAGGCCUCGCGCAAGUAGGAGCGUGGGGUUGUUUCGAUGAAUUCAAUCGUAUUUCGGUAGAAGUAUUAUCGGUAGUUGCCGUGCAAGUGAAAUCGGUUUUAGACGGGGUGAAACAUCGUAAACCGACAUUCCUAUUCUUUGGUGAGAUUCUUAAUAUCGUCCCCACCGUUGGAAUGUUCAUUACCAUGAAUCCUGGCUAUGCUGGAAGGACGGAAUUGCCGGAAAAUUUGAAAACUUUAUUCAGGCCUUGCGCCAUGGUAGUUCCAGAUUUUGACUUAAUUUGCGAAAUAAUGCUGGUAGCAGAAGGUUUUCAAGAAGCUAGAUUAUUGGCAAGGAAGUUUAUUACGUUGUAUCAGCUUUGCCGGGAACUUUUAUCGAAACAAGAUCACUACGAUUGGGGUCUACGAGCGAUUAAAUCGGUUUUAGUAGUUGCUGGUAAAUUGAAGAGAGGCGAUCCCGAUAGAGCCGAGGAUCAAGUGUUAAUGAGAGCCCUUAGAGAUUUCAACAUUCCGAAAAUUGUGACGGAUGAUGUGCCCGUGUUCAUGGGUCUUAUCGGAGACCUGUUUCCUGCUUUGGAUGUACCGCGAAAAAGAGAUCUCGAUUUCGAGUUGACGGUUCGACAGUCUAUCUUGGAUCUUAAAUUGCAACCAGAGGAUGGUUUUAUAUUAAAGGUUGUCCAGUUAGAAGAAUUGCUUCAUGUUCGUCACUCAGUUUUCAUCGUUGGAUUUGCCGGAACUGGGAAGACCGAGGUUUGGAGAACGCUUAAUCGAACGUAUUUUAAUAAUCAAUUAAAACCCUAUUACAACGAUUUGAAUCCAAAAGCUGUUACGAACGACGAACUUUUUGGUGUGAUCAAUCCAGCGACGCGAGAAUGGAGAGAUGGAUUGUUCUCCGUGUUAAUGAGAGAUCAGGCAAAUAUGGUAGGACCCGAUCCUAAAUGGAUUAUUUUUGACGGUGAUAUAGAUCCAAUGUGGAUCGAGUCGUUGAACACUGUAAUGGAUGACAACAAAGUGUUGACUUUGGCUAGCAAUGAAAGAAUCGCUUUAAACCCGUCCAUGAGACUUCUAUUUGAGAUUUCCAAUCUUAGAACUGCAACACCAGCUACCGUUUCCAGAGCUGGAAUUCUUUACAUAAAUCCUCAAGAUAUUGGCUGGUAUCCAUUUGCGAUUAGUUGGAUAGAAACGAGAGAUCCAGCAGAGAGAGCGAACUUAACCAUUUUAUUCGACAAAUACGUGCCGACCCUGGUAGAAGUAACGAAAUUUAGAUUUAAAAAAAUUACGCCGUUACCAGAAAUCUGUCACGUCGAGAUGCUUUGCAAUUUAUUGGAUUACUUUCUAGUUAAAGAGAACGUAACACCGGAAUCUCCGAAGGAAUGGUAUGAAUUGUACUUUGUUUUUGCAUGCAUUUGGGCAUUUGGAUCGGCCACUUUUCAAGAUCAAUUGAUCGAUUGGCGAAACGAGUUUAAUAAAUGGUGGCAAAAUGAAUUUAAAACCGUCAAAUUUCCCACUGGUGGAAAUGUAUUCAAUUAUUUCAUCGAAAACGAAACGAAGAAAUUGAUUCCUUGGACCGAGAAAGUGAAACCUUUUGAGUUGGAUACUGAGAUACCGUUACAAAAUACUUUAGUCUCAACCGCUGAAACUGCACGUUUAUUCUUUUUCUUGGAUGUUUUUGUACAAGAACGUGUGCCAGUGAUGUUGAUAGGUGCAGCUGGAUCAGGAAAGAGCGUGAUCAUGGCUGAAAAACUCGCAGCUCUUCCUGAUACUUAUAAUAUUGCUAACGUGCCCCUUAAUUAUUAUACCACAUCUGAAAUGCUGCAAAGAAUAAUGGAAAAGCACUUGGAGAAAAAGACCGGUAGAAAUUUUGGGCCACCUGGUAUGAAAAAAUUGAUCUAUUUCAUCGAUGACAUGAACAUGCCCGCAAUCGAUACUUAUGGAACCGUCCAACCUCAUACACUCAUCAGACAACAUAUCGAUUAUAAUCACUGGUACGAUAGAACGAAAUUAACGUUAAAGGAAAUUCAAAAUACGCAAUACGUAUCAUGUAUGAAUCCUACUGCCGGUAGUUUUACGAUUAAUCCUCGUUUGCAAAGGCAUUUUGCCGUUUUCGCCGUUAGUUUCCCAACCGAAGAAAAUUUACUAAUGAUCUAUAGUCAAAUGUUAGAGCAACAUCUAAUGAAUCCUUAUAAUAAAUUUAACGUAGCUUUGCUAAAAAUUGCCGAUUCAUUAUUGCACGCAGCACUGUUUUGUCACAAUAGAAUUUCAUCGAUAUUUUUACCAACAGCGGUUAAAUUUCAUUAUCUAUUCAAUUUACGUGAUAUCUCAAAUAUUUUUCAAGGUCUACUUUUUGCAACCGGCGACACUGUUCCAACGAUAAAUCAUUUAAUCAGAUUGUACGUUCACGAAGCUACAAGAGUAUAUUCUGAUAAAUUGAUCAGUGCCGAGGAUAAAAAAGUAUUUCAACAAUUGCUAAGAGACUCGCUUCGUAAAAAUAUUGCUGAACUAGAUGAGAAUUUUAUAUUUGCCCCACCAAUAAUUUUUUGCCAUUUUGCCGAAGGGAUCGGUGAACCAAAAUAUAUGCCAAUAAAAGAUUGGUCGCAAUUGACGAAGUUAUUGGAUGAAGCUUUGGUUAAUUACAAUGAAUUGGUAGCCGCGAUGAAUUUAGUUUUAUUUGACGAUGCCAUGUACCAAGUCUGUCAAAUAAAUCGUAUUCUGGAAGCACCAAGAGGAAACGCAUUGCUCGUAGGAGUUGGGGGAAGCGGAAAACAAUCUCUUUCUAGCCUUGCGUCUUUCAUCGCGGGUUUAGAAGUUUUUCAGAUACAAUUAAAAACAGGUUAUUCAAUGGCGGACUUAAGAACAGAUUUAUCCAGUUUAUAUCUAAAAUCUGGAUUGAAAUCGAUUGGGAUUACUUUCUUAAUGACCGAUUCUCACGUUGCCGAUGAAAAAUUUUUAGUUCUCAUAAAUGAUAUGCUUGCUUUUGGUGAAAUUUCGGAAUUAUUUGCGGAUGAUGAAGUAGAUAAUAUUGUGAAUGCAGUUCGAAAUGAGGUAAAACAAAGCGGUUUGGUGGAUACAAAAGAAAAUUGUUGGAAGUUUUUCAUCAAUAGAGUUCGAUAUAAAUUAAAAUGUGUUCUUUGUUUCUCUCCCGUUGGAGCAACUCUUCGAAACAGAGCUAGACAGUUUCCAGCAAUCGUGAAUAAUACUUCGAUUAAUUGGUUUGAAGGUUGGCCGGAAGAUGCUUUGAAAUCUGUUUCUACCAGAUUUUUGGCGGAACUGGAAGAUUUACCAAAUGAAUAUAAGCCAUCGGCUUCAUUAUUCAUGUCAUACGUGCAUACCAGCGUUGACGAUGUUUCUUUGCUUUAUUUACAAAAUGAGAGAAGAUACAACUAUACCACUCCAAAAACAUUUUUGGAGCAAAUUUCUUUAUAUUCGAAGCUACUCGUGGAGAGAACUUAUGAUGUAAAAUCCAUGAUCGAGAGAUUAAAGAAUGGAUUGGAUAAAUUAGAAUCUUGUGCUGGCCAAGUAAGCGAACUAAGAGUUGUCCUAGCAGCUCAAGAAAUCGAAUUGAAAAAAAAGAAUGAAAUUGCAGACAGAAUUCUUACCGAAGUUCGAUUAGAGAAUACUAAAGCGGAAGCGGAAAAAGCGAUUGUGUCGGAGGAAGAGGCAAAGGUAGCGGAAAUAAAAGAAACGGUAGCUGAAAAACAGAGACGAUGCGAUGAAGAUUUAGCGAAAGCAGAACCUGCAGUACGGCAAGCUGAAGCUGCUCUGGAUACCUUAAAUAAAGGUAAUUUAACGGAAUUGAAAGCUUUUGUAACGCCACCGGAACAAGUAGCGAUGGUAGUACAAGCCGUUCUAGUAUUAUUCUCUCCAAGGGGUGUAAUACCGAAAGAUAGAAGUUGGAAAGCGUGUAAAGCGAUGAUGGGUCACAUCGACACGUUUCUCUCGCAACUUCGUAAUUACGACAAAGAAAAUAUCCAUCCUGAAGUGGUGAAAGCUAUCCAACCUUAUAUCAAUCAUAAAGAUUUUGACCCCGAGAUUAUCGUUACGAAAUCGCUAGCAGCUGCAGGUCUUUGCAGCUGGGUAAGGAAUAUAAUGGUUUUCCAUUAUAUUAAUGAAACUGUAAAACCAUUAAGAGCUGCGCUUGCACAAGCUAAUGCCGAGCUAAAAGCUGCUAUGGAUCAUUUGAAUGCCUUGAGGGCACGAUUAGCGGAGUUACAAAAAGUGCUCGACAUUCUAGGAGAAAGAAUGAAUGCAGCUUUAGCUGAAAAACAAAAAUGUCAGGAUGAAGCUGAUGCCACUGCUUUAACGAUCGAUCUUGCUAAUAGAUUGGUAAAUGGUUUAGCAUCCGAGAAAAUUCGAUGGACCGAAGAAGUAGAAAUGUUGACGAAUUCAUUCGUAAUGGUGCCAGGCGAUGUUCUUCUUGUAACUGCAUUUUUAUCAUACAUGGGAUGUUUUACUCGGAAAUAUAGACACGAUUUAAUGUUCGAUCAUUGGUUGCCGUUCUUGGAAAAGAUGCAAGUGAAAAUACCAAGAACUACCGAUUUAGAUAUCCUAGCUUUAUUGACCGAUGAUGCACAAAUUGCACAAUGGAAUAACGAAGGACUACCAUCCGAUAGAAUGUCUUCCGAAAAUGCAACGAUUUUAAUGAAUUCAGCGAGAUGGCCAUUAAUGAUAGAUCCACAACUGCAAGGACUUAAAUGGAUAAAGAAUCGAUAUGGCGAAGAUUUACAAGUGCUCAGACUUACUCAACCAAAUUAUUUGCAUUUGAUUGAAAUUUCUAUCGCGAGUGGUGGAAUUGUUUUAGUUGAAAAUAUAAUGGAAUCUAUCGAUCCUGUUUUAGAUCCAGUUAUUAAAAGAGAUCUAAUAAAGAAAGGAAAGGCGAUAAAAAUUUGGGAUAAGGAAGUAGAUUAUGAUCCUCACUUCCGGCUAAUUAUACAAACAAAGUUAGCUAAUCCUCAUUAUAAACCUGAAAUACAAGCACAGACCACUCUUAUCAAUUUUACUGUAACGAAAGAUGGGUUGGAAGAACAACUUCUAGGAGAUGUUGUGAAAGCCGAAAGACCUGAUUUAGAAGCGAAAAAAGCUGAAUUAACUACUCAACAAAAUACCUUUAAAAUUACCUUGAAAGCAUUGGAAGACGAUCUAUUGCACAGAUUGUCAGCUGCGGGACCAGAUAUUUUGAGCGAUGUCGAUCUGGUAAUCAAUCUUGAAACCACGAAGAAAACUGCAGCAGAGAUAGAAAUAAAAGUAGCAGAAGCUAAAAUAACCUCGGUAAAGAUAGACGAAGCUCGAGAAAUUUAUCGUAUCGUCGCGGCCAGAGCCAGUCUUUUAUAUUUCGUUUUAAACGAUUUGUACAAAAUAAAUAUGCUCUAUCAGUUUUCUUUGAAAGCUUUCAGCGUUGUCUUCCUAAAUGCUAUUAAAUUCGCAGAAGCUUCGGAAGAAAUAACUAAACGCGUGGAUCUUUUAAUGGAUAGUAUUACUUUUCUAGUUUUCACUUACACGAGUAGAGGUUUAUUUGAAGCUGAUAAAUUGACUUUCCUCACUCAAAUGACUAUUCAGAUUUUUAUGGAAGCAAAAGAAAUAACACAAUCGGAACUUGAUUUUCUAUUAAAAUUUCCACAUAUGGUCGAUUUAGUCAGCCCUGUAGAUUUUUUAACAGAUGUUGGCUGGGGUGGAAUCAAAUAUUUGAGUCAAAUGGAAGAUUUUCAAAACUUAGAAAAAGAUAUAGAGGGUGCUGCGAAAAGAUGGAAAAAAUUUGUAGAAUCGGAAACACCGGAACGAGAAAGUUUUCCACAAGAUUGGAAAAAUAAGACUGCUCUUCAAAGAUUAUGUAUUAUGAGGUGUCUUAGAUUAGAUCGUAUGACUUAUGCGAUUAGAUGUUUCGUGGAAGAAAAACUUGGUUCAAAAUUUGUUGAAUCCAGAUCUCCUCCUUUUCAUAAAUCCUUUGAAGAAACGAGUCCUAUCACGCCUGUAUUUUUCAUUCUCUCUCCUGGUGUUGAUCCUUUAAAAGACGUAGAAAAUUUGGGAAUACAAUUAGGUUUCACUUUCGGAGGUAGAAAUUUCCAUAAUGUAUCACUGGGUCAAGGUCAAGAACCCGUAGCUGAAGAAGCAUUAGAAUUAUCGGCUCACGAAGGUCAUUGGGUAAUUUUACAGAAUAUCCAUCUUGUGAAGAAAUGGUUACCUAAUCUGGAAAAGAAAAUGGAACAAUGUGCAGAGAGUCCCCAUGAUGAUUAUCGAUUGUUUAUCAGCGCGGAACCAAGUGCAGAUCCUCACGAAUCAAUAAUACCUCAAGGUAUAUUGGAAUCGGCCAUAAAAAUUACGAAUGAACCACCAUCAGGAAUUCAAGCGAAUAUUCACAAAGCGUUGGAUAAUUUCACUCAGGAAACUCUGGAGUCUUGUAGCAAAGAAACUGAAUUCAAAGCUAUAUUAUUUGCACUUUGUUAUUAUCAUGCUGUACUUGCAGAACGUAGAAAAUUUGGAGCACAAGGAUGGAACAGAUCUUAUCCAUUCAACUUUGGGGAUUUAACGAUUAGCGUAUCCGUUCUAUUUAAUUAUUUGGAAAAUAGUAUUAAAGUACCUUGGGAAGAUCUUCGUUAUUUAUUUGGAGAAAUAAUGUAUGGCGGCCAUAUAACAGAUGAUUGGGAUAGAAGACUAUGUAAAACAUAUUUAAUAGAAUAUCUAAAACCAGAAUUAAUUGAAGGUGAAUUAUAUCUCGCACCAGAUUUUUUAGUACCACCAAAUCUUGAUUAUCAUGGAUAUCAUGAAUAUGUAUAUAAUUUUCUACCAUCUGAGAGUCCUAUUCUUUAUGGACUUCAUCCUAAUGCGGAAAUUGGAUUUUUAACAUCAACUGCGGAAAAUUUAUUUAAAACAUUAUUGGGUAUGUUAACGAGAACCGUCAGUGAUACAGCAGUUGGAGAAAUUUCAAGAGAAGAAAAAAUGAAAAUACUUAUAGAAGAUUUAUUAGAUAAACUACCAGAAGAAUUUAAUAUGCUAGAACUUUACGGCAAGGUGGAAGAUCGCACACCGUUUGUUACUGUUGCUUUACAAGAAUGCGAACGAAUGAAUGUAUUAUGUGACGAACUUAAAAGAUCUCUGCACGAGUUAGAUUUAGGUUUGAGGGGAGAAUUAACAAUCAAUCCUGAAAUGGAAAUUUUACAAAAUUAUAUAGUUAUGGAUGCUGUUCCUCCAUCUUGGGAAAAAAGAGCUUAUCCUUCAGAAUUAGGAUUAAAUAGUUGGUUUGCAGAUAUGUUGAAUCGAAUAAGUGAAUUAUCUAAUUGGACUGCCGAUUUUAAUUUACCAUCAUCAAUAUGGCUAGGAGGUUUUUUUAAUCCUCAAUCAUUUCUUACUGCAAUUAUGCAACAAACUGCACGUAAAAAUGAAUGGCCAUUAGAUAAAAUGUGUUUAUAUUGUGAAGUAUUGAGAAAAACUAAAGAGGAAAUUACAUCAGCACCAAGAGAAGGUGCAUAUAUAAAUGGAUUAUAUAUGGAAGGUGCACGAUGGGAUAUGCAAGCAGGAUGUAUUAUGGAUUCUCGAUUUAAAGAAUUAUUUCCAUUAUUACCAAUAGUGUAUAUUAGAGCUAUUACACAAGACAAACAAGAUUUAAAAAAUAUGUAUGAGUGUCCCGUAUAUAAAACACGAUCACGAGGUCCAACUUAUGUGUGGACGUUUAAUUUAAGAACUAAAGAGAAGGCCAGUAAAUGGAUUCUUGGAGGUGUGGCAAUUUUAUUACAAGUUUAGUUGUAUUUAUUAAACUAUGAAAUAAACAUUCAAUUAAAAAAAAAUUAAAUAUUUUAAAAUUUAUAUAAUUUUAUUUAUUUCAAAAAAGAAACA